GAGACAGAGAGAGAGAGAGAGAGAGCGAGAAAGAGAGCGAGAAAGAUGUGAACGUCGUAGUUUUUUCUUCUGUUAACGAUAAUCACGUCCUGUACGGUAUUCAGUUGUUGCGGGGUUCAGACCACAAAUACUUAGGCUAUUCCCGGGAGCUCACGGCAACGGUGGAAUUUACCCCAGGCACGUCGCUGGUGCACGAGGCUCUGCAGUCAUCGACACACGGUCCCAGGAUUUCUCUCACCGCUCUCCUGUCCUCUCUCCCCAUCUUCUUUUCAGUUUUCUUCGCAGUGAGGGAUGAAACGCUCUGUCAGCUGACAUUUUUACUGCAGCAGCUGCGUGAACAGACCAAUGGAGCAAUGACGUGUGUCGGCAGAACAGUGUGACUGUACGAAGAGAACCGGGAGGUGACUGGCUGACCCAGGGAGGAGAGAGACAUAUUCUGAGACAAACACAUACAAAAAACUGAGCAGGGCUGUGUGAGUGUGUGUUAAACUCUCAGACGGAGUCCUGAUCUAAACCGAACGCCGACACUCCCACAUGUCUCCUCCGUCUCCCCCCACCCCUAUCCCCUCUCUGCCCUCCUAUCUACUGUGUGUCCUCUCCAUGUUCCUGUCCCUGUCCAGACUGAGGGGCAUCCUCCCCCCUCUCCUCUCCCUUGUCCUGUCCCUCCCCCCUGCUGCUAGCCAGUCAGUCAUCACCACGUCCCAGGGCAGACUGAGGGGUCAGUUGACCCCCCUGCCUUCUGACCUGCUGGGCCCUGUGGUCCAGUACUUGGGGGUCCCCUACGCCCGCCCCCCCACUGGGGAGAGACGCUUCCAGCCCCCCGAGCCCCCACUGUCCUGGCCAGGGGUGAGGAACGCCACCCAGUUCUCCCCUGUCUGUCCCCAGCCUGUAGAGGAACACAGCCUGCUGACAGAGAUGUUACCUCUCUGGUAUUCUGCCAAUCUGGACAUAGCCAGCACAUACCUGUCACAGCAGAGUGAAGACUGCCUCUACCUCAAUAUAUACGUCCCUACUGAGGAAGACAUCCAUGAUGAGGGCGGUCUGCGGCCAGUGAUGGUGUAUGUCCACGGAGGUUCUUAUUCUGAAGGGAGCGGCAACAUGAUGGACGGCAGUGUCCUCGCUAGCUAUGGAAACGUCAUUGUCAUCACAAUCAACUACAGGCUGGGAGUACUGGGUUUCCUCAGUACGGGUGACCAGGCAGCUAAAGGCAACUAUGGUCUGUUGGACCAGAUCCAGGCUCUGCGCUGGGUGAAGGAGAACAUUGCUGCAUUCAGCGGAGACCCAGACAGAGUCACUGUGUUUGGCUCCGGGGCUGGAGCCUCCUGUGUCAGCCUACUAACUCUGUCCCACUACUCUGAGGAUCUGUUCCAGAAGGCGAUCAUCCAGAGUGGGACAGCCCUGUCCAGCUGGGCGGUCAACUACCAGCCAGGGAAGUAUGCAAGGCUGCUGGGGGACAAGGUGGGCUGCAGCCUGGAGGACUCAUCAGAGCUCAUCGUCUGUCUGCAGGGGAAGACCUACCAGGAGCUGGUAGAACAGAAUAUCACUCCAGCUAAAUACCACACCGCCUUCGGACCUGUCAUCGACGGUGAUGUCAUCCCUGAUGACCCCCAGAUACUCAUGGAGCAGGGAGAGUUCCUCAACUAUGACAUCAUGCUGGGUGUGAACCAGGGGGAGGGGCUUCAGUUUGUUGACGGGAUGGUGGACAGUGAGGAUGGUGUCUCCAGCGACGAUUUUGACUUUGCCGUGUCGGACUUCGUGGACAGUCUCUACGGCUACCCAGAGGGGAAGGACACGCUGAGAGAGAGCAUCAAGUUCAUGUACACAGACUGGGCCGACCGGGAGAACCCUGAAACGCGGCGGAAGACUCUAGUCGCGCUGUUCACUGAUCACCAGUGGGUGGCGCCGGCGGUGGCCACAGCAGACCUCCAUGCCCAGUACGGAUCGCCAACAUAUUUCUACUCCUUCUACCACCACUGUCAGAGUGACGCGUCGCCCGCCUGGGCUGACUCCGCUCAUGGAGAUGAGGUGCCGUAUGUGUUCGGUCUGCCGCUGAUCGGCCCCACGGACCUCUUCAACUGUAACUUUUCUAAGAACGAUGUGAUGCUCAGCGCCGUGGUCAUGACAUACUGGACCAACUUCGCCAAGACAGGAGAUCCUAACCAGCCGGUGCCCCAGGACACCAAGUUCAUCCACACCAAACCCAACCGUUUUGAGGAGGUGGCCUGGGCCAAGUACACCCCCAAGGAACAGCUGUACCUGCACAUCGGCCUGAAGCCACGCGUCAGAGACCACUACAGAGCCGCCAAGACAGCUUUCUGGCUACAGCUGGUGCCCCACCUCCACAACAUCAACGAGUUGCUGCAGUAUGUGUCCUCUGCAACCCACAGCCCUCCCCAGGACACCACCCCCCACUCCUACACCAAGCGGCUGUCUAAAGGCCUGGGCUUGGGUAGCACGCGCCACCCCAACCCCAACCCCCCUGCCACGCCCCAGGCUCCAGCACUGCAGGGGGAGGAGCUGCAGGUCCCCCACCCCGUCAUGGAGGACUACUCCACUGAGCUGAGUGUUACCAUCGCAGUGGGAGCCUCACUCCUUUUCCUCAACAUCCUGGCCUUUGCAGCUCUGCUCUACAAGAAGGACAAACGCAAGAUGGAACACCGGAGGCUGCCACGCCCACCUCCACGCCGUGACAUCAUGAACGCUGACAUCACACACCAACUGCAGGGGGAGGGACUUCUGAAGCAGCUGGAGGCUGAGGCUCUGCACCAACACAACACGCUGGAGAUACACGACACACACAACAUACACCACACACUGGAGGCUCUGGACACACUGGACACACAGGACAUCUACAACACUCUGGACACCCUGCGACUGACCUGUCCACCUGACUACACCCUGACCCUGAGACGUUCCCCUGACGACGUGCCCCUGAUGACCCCCAGGUCCCUGCCCAUGACCCCUGGCUCUCACCCUGCCACCCCCAUGACCCCUGGAUCUGUUGUGGGGGUGCAGCCCAUGCAGGGCUAUAGUCCUUACAGUAACACUCACCUGCCCCAUACACACACGCACACACACCCCAACACACACACACAUUCUACCACACGUGUAUAACCACAGACAGAGAUGGGGCAGAACGAUGCAGGAUAGUUUCUCCAGCACCUAAAAUGGCGGAACGAUCCAGUCUGCCGUGUUGCAUGAAUAGAACAAUGAGGGAGCGGAAGUGAUGAACUCUGGGAGAUUAAGUAAUGUGCAUCAGUAAAAAGAACAUUAUAAAUGAGAACAUCCAAUAUGGCUGCCAAUUUGGUCCAUACAUCAUGGAAACAUUGCUUCUAUAAGCUGCGUCCGAAAUGGCUGAAGUUGCCACGUGACUUGCCCUGGAGCGGGGCUGCUGUGAUGUCCAGAUCAGACUACUGACUGAACCCUCUGGGAACAACUUGAAGAACCUGUGAAAUGUGAAUGUAGAAUAUUUCAAUUGCAAUGAAAUCCUUCAGAGGAUCAAUGUUCGCUGUAGCUCUGUGCUCAGCCAGGCCAGGGAUGUAGUCUGAAGGACAGACAGACACACAGACAGACAGAGAACAACAGAUGGACAGAGACAGACUGUAUUCAUAGAACCUGGGACAAAUUCCUCUGAAUGGUUCAACAAUAACAAGUUCAACAGUCCGAAGAUCUACCAACCAGCAGUCUGUUCAAAUAUGUAAAUAACUUGUAAACAUAAUGGAGAAAAGAUGGUAAGAUUUAAAGCUUUUACUGUUUUAUUGCAUUCAAAUAUGUUAUUUAACGACCGUAGGUUUUAAUUUGAGUUGAUUAUAAAUGUAUAGGUCCCCAGAACAAGAUGUAACUUGACGCUUGACUAACCCUGACCACAUCUAACAAGAUGUAAACCCUGACCCUAACACUAACCCUGACCACAUCUAUGCCCAACCUCUUCCCUGAUCUGAAACUUGUACUGGGACAUGGAACUGGGUCUAUUUUUGGCCCCAUCUCUCAGCCAUGGACCCAUACUUUUGUCCUUACCCCUGACCUGUAACCUUUGACCCUGACCUCUAACCCUAUCCUCAUCCUAACUUUGACCUACAUCCUAACUUGGACCCUCAACCUGUCUAUGAACUCUUAUUUCAGUCCUUACACUUAUUGACCCCCUACCUCUAACCCUGUCUUCUAACCCUGAUCCUGACCCUACCUACUUCCAUCAUGUCUCCCAGAGACAAAACUGAUCAGUUGACCUGAGACCCAAAUUCAAUCAUACUGAAGUCUAAAACAUUGCGAUUAAAAUCCGUCCCGACACAAAUCCUGCAUUUGUGAGCUUUUUGAACCAUAAAAUAAAACUAAUAUGAAAUCAUAUACUGAAAGCUGAAAUAGUGGAUCUGAAACAAUGAAUCUUAUUUGAAAUACUACCAUAGGCUAGAUUAAAAGAUUAUUUUUUUCAAAAUAUUUUCAGUUUCUGCCUUAACAGAUGGAAGGAGUCUUUGCUGUAUGUACUGUAUGAACUUUCUGCUCCAUUUUGUUAAAUAAAGUAUCAGUAUUUUACCAUU